AUAAUAAUUUACAUAGAGCUAUUUCCACUUGUGUAUAGACUAUUUUGUAUUAAAUUUACCUAACGCAUGUCAAUUAAAGAUGUUAAUACAACGAACUGACAUCACUGAUUUAUUUUGAAACCGUCCGGUUACAGAAUAAUUUAUUAAAGGUCAAUUUAUUAAGGAAAACAUAAUAUUUGAAAUUUAGAUGAUUGAUAACUUAAAAGUGCUAUUAUCAUAAACACAUCAAGAUACACCACCUAAAUUUUUAACCGUCAACAUGUGUGUGCCAAAUAAAGCAUAGUAAUCUUUAUUCUGAUAUUUGUCUUUAUUCUGUAUAAUUUUUUAAAAAUCAUUAUGUUUUCCAUACUCUCAAGUAUUUGGCAAAUCGUAGAAUAUACGAUAGUUGAUUACAUCGACGUGGACUUUACACUUUGGCUAACAUGGCUUUUACUGCCAUUACUUAUAACAUUUUUACUUCCCUUAAUCAUUGCGGUGCUUCUCUAUGUCACUGUCUUAAUAUUAUAUGUCUACAAAUUACAUAGAGCUAGAUUAAGACAUGCAUAUGAAUUAGAUUGGAGAAAUGCUUCACGUAGUGUGGUUGCUGCAGUUUGGGAUGCUCAUGGUUGGAUAUGGCAUGGGUACGAAGUAGUUGGCCUAGAGAAAAUACCAGAGAACGAAUCAGUCUUAUUUGUCUAUUAUCAUGGAGCUAUUCCAACAGACCUAUAUUAUUUUAUAUCAAAAGUAUUCCUAUCCAAUUCCAAGUUAAUCCAUACAGUUGCAGACCGUUUUCUUUUCAAAGUUCCUGGUUGGUCCAUCAUAUCAGAUGCUCUCAAAGUUAUUCCUGGUACCGUUCAAACUUGUUCUGCCAUUUUAAAAGAAGGAAAUAUGCUUGCAAUAUCACCAGGUGGUGUAUAUGAAGCCCAAUUUGGAGAUUCUUACUAUCGACUUAUGUGGAAGAAGAGAUUAGGAUUUGCAAAAGUUGCAUUGGAUGCUAAAGUUAGUAUUAUUCCGAUAUUUACAAAAAAUAUCAGAGAAGCAUUUAGAACAAUAAGUUGGGGUAGAAGGUUCUGGUUACGUUUAUAUGCCGCAACAAGAUUUCCUUUUGUACCAAUCUAUGGUGGCUUUCCGGUAAAGCUUACGACUUAUGUUGGUAACCCAAUUCCAUAUGAUGGUAAUUUAACACCAGAAGAGCUUAGAACAAAGGUUGCAACAGCACUUGAAGAGCUCAUAAAUGAGCAUCAGAAUGUACCAGGAAGUAUCACACGAGCAUUGUUUGAAAGAGUUUACCAACCGCCAAGUAAAAGACAACAUCAAUUGUAAUAAUCUGUGCAAUAUGUAUGAAAUUAUAGCAAUUCAGUAAUGCAAGAAAAUAGUUAAUAUACGGAUGAAGUACCCUGAUGCAGUAAUGUCAUAAAACAAGGUGUUCACAAAUCAUGCUCUGAAAGUAUUUUACUCAGUGUGGUGCUUGCAUAAUUUUUAAACAUCUCGACUGCGAAACAUAUUCUACGUUUCAAUAUGCGACUCUACAUCGUAUUAUAUUUCUAUUACUUUACAGCAUACUUUAUAUGAUAUUAUAUUAUUAUAUAGAUAUAUAAGAUAUCAAUUCUACAGGAGCAUCUUAUGGUCCCUACUUAGUUUUUAAUAUUUUCACAGCUAUAUUAGGAGAUUACUAUAUACUUGACAUUCCAUUACAUCAACGAGUUUUCUCAUUUUCUUGAGAUUCGUGAAAGGACAACUUACUUGAUAAUAUUUUAAUUGUAUAUAAAGGAACUCUAAUAUUUAGAUAACAAGAUGUUAGUGAUGUUAUUGGUUAUUAUUUAAUGAAACAGAUAAACGUUGCGCUGUACUUAAAUGGUUAUCAUUUAUAUUUAUUGCUUUUAUAUGUGAGUAAUACGAACAAUAAAGAUCUGGCAGUUAUGGUUA